AUGUUGUUGCUCUCUCGAUGUUUGCUCGGCUUGACUGUGACUCUCUUGGUGCGUGUCUGUCAAGGCGACGACAGUAUAGCCGAAGUGUUGCCGACUGGCAGUGUGGUAUCGAUUCUUCGAUCCGUGGAUACGUCCGUCGUGUCAGCCAUCACGAACCGGACGUGUGUGUUUGAUGGCGGCAGGAUUCUGCUGGCAGGUCCUUCGUCGUUGGAACAAGGAGACAAGUACUACUUUCAAUGCUAUCGACAACGAUUGGGGUAUCAGUUGGUAUUGGACUAUGUGAAUGUGCAUCGCUGUGGUGCCAAAGUCAAUGGGAAACACUACAAACUCGAUUUGCAGACAUUUGACGAUCAAUCGUCGACCGAACUCACGGAAGCCAUUGCGCAUAAACUCGUCAAGGCGGACAAUGUGGAUAUGAUGGUGGCGGGCUAUUCUUCGGCACUAACCAAACCCUUAUCGACGGUCGUGACGCAACACAAUGCCAACGCCAGCGAGCCACGAUUACUCAUGUGCGCCGGUUCCGCACUGACUUCCAACUUUGCCGAUCGACCGUACGUGUUUACGACGGCGCCACCCGUGGGAAAGUUUUUAGUGCCGGCAUUUGCUGGACUGGCCGAACAUACCGACGCCAAGACGGUCGCCACCAUUUGGGAAGAUGUCGGAUUCACUACGGCCGCGUGUGCUGUCGCACCCGAUCUCGCGGCGCAAUACAACUUUGAGAUUAUUUCCCAAACCCAAGUUCCCCAAACCCCCAAUGCUUCCGUCUUGGAACCCGUCGCCCGCAAUCUUUCUCAAAUCAAUCCCGACAUUGUCAUUACGUGUGUCUACGAUUGCGUGCCCUGGAAUACGGCCAUGCGCAACGUCCAGUGGAGUCCCAAAGCCCAAGUCUACACGAUUUGUGUCGGGGGACAAGAUUUUCGAGAAGCCUUGGGCACGGAUGUCGAACACGUCAUGGGAGUUGCUAUUUGGGCUGAAUCGGUCCGUGCUACCGAUGCUCUCACGGGAUGGACCACACAAGAGUACUCCCGUCGCUUUCAAGAAUUGUCCUCUGAUACCGUCGUCGUCGAAGCCGCCACACUGGGAUCGGCACUUAUUUCCGUCGCGGUGCAAACCAUGGAAGCCACCAAUACGAUUUCCAAUGCCACUGUGCUCGCCAACCAUCUCAAUACCCAAACAUUUCCAACCAUGUUGGGUGAAUUGCAAUUUGAUGAAAAUGGCCAAGGCGAUUAUGCAUUGACACUGUUGCAAAAUGACCGGGCGUGGGUCGCCCAAACCGUCUUUCCACCGGAAAAACAAUCGGCGCAUAUUGUGUAUCCCAUGCCCACAUGGGAUGGACGCGAUUGCGUGCAUGUGUCGGAUUGCGAACGCAUUUACAAUUACACGUGUGAUACACAAUCGGGAAUGUGUAUUUGUCCACAAGGCUACACGAGUACCGGAGUCGGAAUCACGGCACACUGUACGGCCGAUACACUCUUUGCGACUGCUAGUGCGAAUGCGUGGUCAUCCCCGGGCACCAUUAUUGGCAUUGUCGCUGCCGGGUUGGUGGCGAUUGCCAUUACCGUAUGGGCCGUCAUGGAACAAAAGAAACGCAAAAAUGAUGCCGUUUGGAAAGUCGACAAGCAGGAAUUGAAAUUUGAAGAACCGCCCGUCGUGGUGGGACGGGGAACCUUUGGGGUUGUCUUGUUGGCCGAGUAUCGGGGGACCGAAGUCGCUGUGAAACGAGUCAUUCCACCCAAAAAAGGUGGCGGCAGUGGCAAACACAGUGGCGUGCUGACAACCAGUGGAAUGGGGACCGUCUCCUUGACAAAUGGCGGUGACGAUCAGAAAUUGGGUUCCAUGUCGUUGAGUAAUGGCGCCGAUGACCCAAAGUUGUUGGGUUCCAUGUCCAUCAGCAACACAAACCACUUGGGUUCCACAUCCAUGGGCGGUGGAGGUGGUGCCAGCAAAUAUACCCUCGGUUUUGGCAGUACCACCAAGGCCGAGAGGCGCAAACUGGAAAAGGACUUUAUCAGCGAAAUGCGCUAUUUGUCCAAGCUGCGUCAUCCUUGCAUCACCACUGUCAUGGGGGCAGUCAUCAAAAAGGGCGAAGAUCCAAUGCUCGUCAUGGAAUACAUGGAGCAUGGCUCGUUGUAUGACAUUCUACACAACAACACGAUGGUCCUCGAGGGGGAGAUUCUACUUCCCAUUAUUCGUGACAUCUCCAGCGGCCUCCGGUUCUUGCACGCCAGCAACCCACAGAUCAUCCACGGAGAUCUCAAGGCUGCCAAUAUCUUGAUCGACAGCAAGUUUCGGGCCAAGGUGGCUGAUUUCGGCCUUAGUCAGAAACACUCUCUUGGCGUCGCUGCAGGCACGCCGUUCUGGAUGGCCCCCGAACUCCUCCGAGGCACCAGCGUUAACACGGCAGCGACGGAUAUGUACGCGUAUGGGAUUAUCCUUUACGAAGUCUUCUCCAGGAAAGACCCCUACGAAGGGGAAGAUCCUAAGGAAGUCUUGAAGCUAGUUGCGGACCCCAACAUCCACAAACGACCUCCCGUCCCCAAAGAUUGUCCGCCACUGAUUGAAGGCCUCAUGAGUGACUGCUUGGUACAGGAUCCCCAGGAACGCCCAACCUUUGAAGAAGUGAACAUGCGUGUCAAGAGAAUGGAUUGUAGCAAGGUCGAUAAUGGAGCAAGCAAAGACAGAGCUACAAUUUCGCUCUUUGACAUCUUCCCGAGGCAUAUCGCCGAGGCACUCCGGGAUGGACGCGAGGUUGCUUCAGAGCACAAAGAAAUGGUGACAAUCUUCUUCUGCGAUAUUGUGGGCUUUACGACCAUUUCGUCUACUCUGGAGCCGAAGAAGGUCGCACAUAUGUUGGAUCGUCUAUACACAAAGUUUGACCAGUUGUCACAUGAGCACGAUAUCUUUAAGGUGGAGACCAUUGGUGAUGCAUACAUGGCUGUGACAAAUCUAGUGAAGGAUCAACCCGAUGAUCACACAAAGCGCAUUGCGAACUUUGCCAUUGAUGCCAUCGAAGCAGCAAACGACACACGAGUUGAUCUCGAUGAUCCUAGCAAAGGAUACGUCAAUAUCCGUGUUGGAUUUCACUCGGGGCCCGUAGUAGCUGACGUCGUUGGCUCCCGGAACCCUCGAUAUUGUUUGUUUGGAGAUACGGUUAACACUGCUUCUAGAAUGGAGAGCACGUCGAAGGAGAAUUGCAUCCAUUGCUCCGAAAUAGCGUACAAGAACUUGAAGAAGCAGGAUGACACCAUCAAAACAUAUCUUCGAGGAAUGACGGAAGUGAAAGGAAAGGGAAAGAUGAAGACCUAUUGGAUCCACACGGCUGGACCCGAAUCGGGAGAAAAAAGGCGUAGUCAGCGAAGGCAUACUGAAGGACCCAACACACUGCCCAAAGCACUGCACCGCGUAUCAGAGGUGACGGAAGAUAAUCUUUCAGCAGCUUUUCUUUCGGAAGCCUUCAUGGAUGAACCGGAUUCUGACGAUGGCAGCGCGGCACCUCCAGAGAGAGCCCAGGUCGAUAUUGAAGCGCCUCCUUUCUCUCCACAGGAACAGCCACAACCGCAAAAGCCAGAGGGAGGCCUUGCUGGCUUCAUUGAGAAGAGCUCGCGAUUGUUUCGCCUAGGCGAGGAGGUAUAUCAGGAUGAAGUUUCUGUCUGA